AUGGCGGCGAACCAGGUUGUGUCUGUUGAAUACAUAACAAAGGUUGCCACAGUCACCCUUGACAAAGCACAGAAGCUCAAUGCCCUAAGCCACGAUGACUAUUACCGCCUCGCCCUAGUGUUGAGAGAGAUCGCCCAAAAGGAUGAGCUCUUAGCCACACUCCUCAUUGGAACGGGCCGCUUUUUCUCAACUCUCCGGAUGCCUAGCGGUGCCGAUAUCCCCCGACACUGCCUCCCAGCUCUUGUGGUCAACAACAUCAAUCUGGAAUCUGGCAGAUGCCUUCCACUCGCAUCUAAGAUCUUAGUGGCUGCGCUCAAUGGGCCCGUCAUCGGCCUCUCCGCAGCCCUGAUCGCGCAUCCCCACUUGAUAUUCGCUACACCUGAGACAUACCUUCUUACCCCAUUUUCGUCGCUGGGUAUCGUUACAGAGGGCAGAUCCAGCAUUGCCUUUGCCAGUAGUAUGGGGCUGAGCAAGGCCAAGGAGGCGCUGUUAUUCAGCCGCUGGAUCAGCAUCGAGGAGUUGAAACAAACAGGCUUUGUCAAUCAGGUGUUUGAUACUCCAGGGGAGGGUGAAAUAGCGGGUUCUGGAAGAGAUCCACCAUGA